UUCUAAACCUGAGUUUACUCUUGGUUAUCGCUAACGCCGAAACGAGACCUUCAGUAUAGUACUUGAUAGUGUAGUAAUGAAUACUUGAAUAAAGGAUACGCUGUAAACGGUUCAGGUUUAACUUUAUCGGAUGGAUACUUACGCCUGCACAUGUUUAAGCAGUGUUUAUCGUUUUAAAGAUAUCGACUUUUGGUUUUUAUGAUGUAAUAUGUUGUUGUUUAGUUUACAUAUUGUCAAGCUAAAAUGGGUGAGAAACUAAACUUUACUGGCAGAGGGUUGUACGGGAGAAAUACCACAAACGUAAAAUACUGGCUUGUACACAAAACUAGAACAAUAUUUAAUUACAAGCUUUUAAGAAAUGAGAAAUGGUUACUGUAUGUAUUUUUCACUGGUAUUACAUAAAAAUAGUGUAAACUAGGCCGGAAAGCUCACCUGGAAAAUUAAAAGCGAUAUAAUUUGAACCAGUUAAUUUAUUUUUAGCUCUAACAGGGCAUAUGAGAUGGACUUUGUUAGACCGGAAAGGCGUUUGGAGUCAGCCAUUUUUGUAUAUUAAAAUUAGUGAUUCUAGGGAUCCCGUGAUUCUAUUUAUAGCUUCAGCGGAAAAAAUGAAACGACAUAAGCGCAUGCGCGAUCACAAAAAACAUAACAUCCGGUUUAUUAACGAGAAACCAUCAUGGACAAAAUAAUGUUUGAUCUAACAUGCUUUCUGAUGUUAAUGCAUUAUUUGAUAACAGAAAUGUUGAAAAAAAAGAAAAGUUCAUUACACGCAAUAGUGAUUGGAACAGUGGUAGAGACUGCUUCUGACAUGCCAUUGUUUUUUCGACAUGAAAUAGUUUGGGCAAUACCCAUCGCGCCAUAUUCGUAUUCUCCAGAGUUUACAUAUGACUUGCGCGACGAACGUCAUCGCUUAACAACGUUCCAGUACAUUGAAACAAGUCUAAAUCUGAGCUUGAUUCGUUUAGCCGCUUCAGGAAUGUAUUACACCGGUACAGACACGAUUGUAAAAUGCAUUUUCUGUGGUGCUGUCCAACAUAUUUUGGAAAUAUACGACUUGUAUUUUGACGUAUCGCGCCUACAUGCCCACAGCUGUACUCCGGUAUCCAGGGCUGCACAAGGAAACAUACCAAUCGAUUCAUACACGGUUACAGGACUAAACAGAAGUUCUAAUGGUAGAAAUGGUUUCUCACCAAACCUCCCAAACUACCCCCAUACAGAUGCGUAUAAUCGCCAGAACGAGUCAGAAAUGAGGAGAUUAGGGAUUUACACCGCCAAACCAAAACAUGAGGAUUUCUCUGUUCUUCAAAAUCGUCGCCGCUCCUUUAGGAACUCUCCUGAACACCUUAAAGCACGUGCAUAUGACUUUGCAGAAGCCGGCUUCUUCUUUACAGGUUGUGGGGAUGGCAUUCGUUGUUUCCACUGCGGUCGAACACUAGGAAACUGGAGUGCCCAGGAUAAUCCUUGGCAAGAGCAUGAACGAUUCUCCCCAGAAUGCGUCUUUGUCAAAAUAAAUCCGGAAAGGACCAGAAGCUUUCAUCGUCAGCCUUCUUAUCAAUCAAAUGAUAGUUUUCAUCAGGUGCAACACGGACGACGAGUUGUCAACAACAUCCAGCCAAAUAGACCAGACGAAGUUCCAAGUUCUCAACAAAACCACGCACACAGAAACCUAUGUAAGACAUGCCACAUUCGACCACCAACUGUGCUGUUCGAAGACUGUAGACAUUUGGUGUCGUGUCGGCAAUGUGCCAUGUUCUUAUGGUAUUGUCCCGUUUGCAAACAAUACAUCACGAAAAAGACGGUUGUUCACUUCAGUUAAUAUGCAUUUAAGAUAGCAUUGGAAACCUGUUCUCUGGACAUAUAGGCAAAAUAAUCGACGCCCUUUGACGACAAUGCUAAAUGAUUAUACUUUGUAAGAGCUAUCUAAUAUAUAUAUCCCUGGGAAAUUGUAACAUACAUAGAAAUGAUUUUUUUAAAGAUGUUUUAAAACGUUUUUAUCAUUUGGCAUAACAAGCCGAGUGACUUUUACACCAGAAUGUUUUGAUCAUCUUUGUAGAGGACCAUGCUCAAAUCACAAUUGGUUUAUUUAGCUAAAAAGGCUUGUGUUUUCCGUUACUUAAAAGUUGUGCAAAAUAGUGCCAAUUAACUAUGUAACUCUAUUACGAGGCCAGUUUUGCUUCAAGGGUAUACUUCUACUUCUACUACUACUACUUCUACUACUACUACUACUUAUUAUUAUUAUUAUUAUAAUUAUCAACAUCAUCAGCAGUAGCAGUAUAAGUUUAUCAGCCGUCUUAUUGCCUCAAAGGUCAAGUUAACACUAUGAGUUAGAAAUUAAAAUUUGGAAAUAGAUCUAAAAGGCUUUUUUUUUACAUAAAAGGAGUUUUGAGAGAAAACUAUAUGCGGGUCACCCAUGUACCCUCAUAGGUACAUGUCUUGUUCUUGUUGUUGUUGUGUUUGAUGUUAUUAUUAUAAUUAUUAUAAUAAUUACAAUUUUGAUGAUGAUGAUUAUUAUUAUUAUUAUUAUAAAUGAUGAAAUUGAUAUUCUUUAAAGUAUUUGUAAAGGUAAUGUAGCUUAAAUGUCUGUAUAAUAAUGUUACCCCCGGGGGUAGCCAAGUCUGACCCCAUAAACAAAAUUUGAACAAACUGUGUAGGGUUCACUAUCUUAUGUCACAUACCAAAGCCGUUUGAAACCCCAGAUGGCUUUCACGGACCGUUCUUAGGCAGUGACCCCAAUUGUAUUCCGUUUUUGUUUGUUGUGUACUUGUGUGUCUUAUCUGGUACAUUGUUUUUUGUCUUACUGGUUUGUCAUUUGUUUCUGGCAAUAAAUAUAGGACCACAUAUUAUUACAGGUUUAAUAUUAUACUGAGUUAGAAGACGUGUCACUUUGUGCAUUUUAAAAACAAAUACUCAUACAUAUAUAAAAUAGAUCAGUCAUUAACUGUUGUAUUAAACGAACGUGUUGCGUCAUGAAUGUUGACAAAGUCCUGUUUUUUUUGUAUUUUUUAAAAACAUAGCCCGAAAAAUAGAACAAAUAGCCUGUCAUGAUUGGUAAGCACGUUUUGUUUUGAUAAAUAAUAAUCUUAUGCCACUUAAUAAUGUGCUGAAAGUGUAAAUCCGACAAAAAGUUGUAUCCAUGUUUGUCAACCUACUGUUAAGCAAUCUUUUUUUAAGUAUAUAUUUUUCACUGCCAAUAACGUGUUUAACUGGUAUAUGGGAAUUUUCACGCGGCCUUUUAUUAACAUCAGGAAAAAUAAUAAACAACAAAACAUAUGUUCAAAAUUUGGAGGGAAACACAAAUGUUCUCAUAGCAUUCAGAUUAUUUGAAUUCAUUGUUAAUAGUGUGUGUGUGUUUUAUAGUUUUCAAAUUAUUGGGGUGUUCAUUGUAAAAUAUGUGCAAUUGAAGUUGUUGCUGUUGAUGUAUCUUUAUUUAUUUUUUGGUAUUAAUGUCUAAAUUGCAAAUAGUAUGUGUGUGUACACAAAUUGAUCCAAUAAUUUGAUUGUGGUAUUUGUGCAAUUGCAAUUGUUAAUAUCGAUGUAUCUAUUUAUCUU